AUGCAUAAUGCAGCUGCCAAUGUCAAUAACAAGAUUUGGGUUUUUUGGGAUCAGGAAUCCAGUGGUACUGUGCUAGACCAUGAUGAACAACAAAUGACCAUUGAACUCAAACAUGUGGAAGCUAAUGAUCCCUUUCAAGUCACUAUUAUCCAUGCUAAGUGUAAGCCUUCUAUGAGAAUUCCUAUAUGGAAAACUUUGAGAUUGAAAUCCACCAGUUGUUCUGUUCCUUGGUGUGUCAUUGGUGAAUUUAAUGUUAUAGCCUCAUUUGAAGAGAAGUUUGGUGGGCUCCCAUAUCAAAUGAAGAGGAGCAUUGACUUUCUCGGCAUGAUUGAAGAUUGUGGGCUUGUUGACCUUGGUUUCUAUGGUCCAAGAUACACAUGGUCAAAUGUUAGAGGCCCCUAUUUAAUAGUUUGGAAAAGACUGGAUAGAGGUAUGGUUAAUGACAAUUGGCUAAGAACCUUUCCUGCCACCACCAUUACCCAUCUAGCAGCUGCUGGUUCUGACCACUCUCUACUCCUUGUGGAACUUCAUGUCUGGUCCACACAUAUUGCUAGCAGUGCUAUGUGGAUUUUCCACCAGAAAUUGAAAACUACCUUUAGGGCAUUGAGUUUCCGGUCAAGAGAACAAUAUGGUGGCAUUUUUCAACUACCUAAGGAGUUUGAACAAAAGGUUAAGGAAGUUGAAGAGAAAUGGUUAGUAACCAAUGAUCCUUCUGAUAGAGCUGCUCUUCAUGACAUUCAAGCUCAAUAUACUAAAUAUCUGAAGACUGAAGAAGCAGUUCUACGGCAGAAAACACAGCUUCACGGGUUCAAAGAUGGAGAUGGCAACUCCAGAUACUUCAUAGCUUAA